AUGGAGAUGCUUUGUUGUGGCGCUCACGGGUUGAGCUUGUUGUUGACAGCUACUCAAGGGUCCAAAACCCGCACCCUACUCUUCGAUACCGGACCGACAGAAUCCAUCUUCACAGCCAAUGCAAAGCGUAUUGCCCCCCCUCUCCAAGACAUCUACCACAUUCACCUCAGCCAUUGGCACCGCGAUCACUCGGGCGGAAUGCUCGCCGCAAUCCAAAUGAUUCAAGAUGCAAGAUCCAGCUCCAGUUCGAACUCUCCCACCCCCCUUGUCGUCGACCUCCACCCUAAUCGCCCCGUCUAUAGGGGUGUCAAAACGCCCAUAGGAACACUGUCUCUCGAAGCUGAUCCGACGUUUGAAGAGAUUGAGAAGAGAGGAGGAGUGGUGGAGAAGAACAGGAAUGUACAUGAGGUUCUGGAAUCCUCGUUUUUGGUUUCGGGGGAGAUACCCAGGGUUACAGAGUAUGAGCAUGGGAUUCGGGGCGGGGUGAGGUUUGAGGACGGGGUAUGGAGGACGGAUGAGUUGAUUGCGGAUGAGAGGUUUGUGGUUUGUUGGGUUAAAGACAAAGGCCUUGUGCUCUUCACAGGAUGCUCCCACGCCGGCGUCAUCAACUGCGCCAAGCAUGCCCUAACCCUCACCAACAAUGCCAUCCCUCUGUACGCUAUCGUUGGCGGAUACCAUCUCGCAGAUGCGGACGAAGAGCGGAUUAAAGCGACGGUAAGGGACUUGAAGGAUUUGGAUGUUAAGGUACUGAUGGCCGGACAUUGUACGGGGUGGAGGGCUAAGUUUGAGAUUGAGAGGGAGAUGAAGGGGAGUUUGGUGCCGAGCUUUGUUGGGAUUAGGACUAUGGUUUGAGGGAAUGGUAGGGACACAUAGGAUUAAGGGAGAAAGAGUGAGUGGGCGAG